AUAAGCUAUAAUUUGACACAGUUUCCAAUACAAAAUUUGGUUAUAAUUGGGCUCAUAUAUAGCUCGUUCCAUUUUCUCGUGCAAGCUUCACACUCUCCAUUGAGCUUCCAACUUUUUCUCCGUCCUACAAAAUUUCAUCAGUGAAUUGCAGCAAUGGCGGAGAAAGGAGGAAAAGGGUUUUCUUUGCCGAAAAGUGGAAAGUCUGCUCUGAAAUCCCCUGCAUCCAAAGGGAAGGAUGAUAGCUCAGCAAAGUCCAAAAGAGGAAGGAAAGUUCAGUUUGAUUCUGAAGGAUCGCUUGAUACCAAUUCCACAAAAUCAAAUGGAAAAGCUGAUAUACCAUCUUUCAAAGGUGAUUUGGGCAAAGCCGGGAAAGGAGAGAAAGCUGGCAGUGCUGGUAAAAGUCAAAAAGCAAAAGCACUUGAUCCCUUGGAGCUGAGAGUUGAGCAAGAGCUUUCAACCAAAUCAACAUGCAUGAUGGAUUGUGAAGCUGCUGAUAUUUUGCAAGGAAUCCAAGAGAACAUGGUGGUGUUGUCUGAUGAUCCAGCCAUAAAACUACCUGUUUCAUUUGACAGGGGAUUGGCAUAUGGUCAAAGGAUCAGGCUUUAUGAUAAUCCCCAGGCUGUUGAACAAAUACUUGGGCCUCUAAAACAGCAUGGCGUUUCUGAUGGGGAGCUUUGCAUGAUUGCCAACUUUCCCUUGGAAUCUGUUGAUGAAGUGUUUGCUUUUGUUCCCUCAUUUAAGAAUAGAAAGAGCAAGCUGAGAGUUCCCCUCGAGAAUGUCUUGGCUGAACUAACCAAACUUAGAAAGGCAGCAUAAAUGGCUCAAGAGGAGCAUUCUAUGGUACUCGUCCAGAGGGUUCUGCAUGUCUUACUGAAGGUCAUGCCCAACAGUUGAGCAGCCAGCAACUGUUGUCGUCUUUCUUCUUCUGUCUUUCUUUUGUCUAGUUAUUAGCUAGGAUUUCAGUGCUUCAGUGUCAACCUGUUAGCUGGCUGAUUCCCAAAAGGAAGAUGCCCUCUAAUUAUCCUACCAAGAAACAAACAAAAAAAAAAGGUGUUCCUAUGUUCGCAAUCCAGCCAGAGAUGGAUCCAAUAUUUGAAGUUUGUCGGUUUCUAUUAUGAUCUCAAAUUAAUAUGUUCUAGUAGCUGAGUUCAAGUCAAAUAUUUAGUGAGUUUCGUAGUUCUUAGAUUUUGCAGAAAAAUGGAAACAAAAACUUGAAUGUAGCCUUGUUCUUGUGCUUAUGCAAAAGCUUUCAGUCAGAUGAUUGAAAGAGUGUAGUCCCUUCAUUGUUACAAAAUCAGCUUUGUCUUGGUUUA